AUGUGCCCUCUGACUCCCGCGGCUCCAGGACAGGAGACUCUUUUUGCCCCAUCUGAAGUCCAUAUGGCUCUGUAUGAUGAGGACCUCCUGAAAAAUCCCUUCUAUCUGGCUCUUCAAAAGUGGCGUCCUGACUUGUGCAACAAGGUGGCCCAAACCCGUGGCAUUGUGUUAGUACCCUGCAAAGGAAGCCUGUCAGGCAGUGUUCAGUCUACUUGUCAGUUUGAGUCCUAUAUUUUGAUCCCAGUGGAAGAACACUUUCAGACCUUAAAUGGAAAGGAUGUCUGUAUCCAAGGAAACAGGAUUAAACUAGGAGCUGGUUUCGCCUGUCUUCUCUCAGUGCCCAUUCUCUUUGAAGAAACUUUCUACAAUGAAAAAGAAGAAAGUUUCAGCAUACUGUGCAUAGCCCAUCCUUUGGAAAAGAGAGAGAGUUCAGAAGAGCCUUCAACACCCUCAGAUCCCUUUUCCCUGAAAACCAUCGAAGACGUAAGAGAGUUUUUGGGAAGACAUGCGGAGAGAUUUGACAGGAACAUUGCCUCUUUCCAGCGAACGUUCAGAGAGUGUGAAAGAAAGAGCCUCCGUCAUCACAUAGACUCCGUGAAUGCUCUCUACACCAGAUGCCUCCAGCAGCUGCUGAGGGACUCCCACCUGAAAGUGCUCGCCAAGCAGGAGGCCCAGAUGAACCUGAUGAAGCAGGCUGUAGAGAUGUAUGUCCAGCACGAUAUUUACGACCUGAUAUUUAAAUAUGUGGGGACCAUGGAGGCAAGCGAGGAUGCUGCCUUUAACAAAAUCACAAGGAGCCUUCAAGAUCUUCAGCAGAAGGAUAUUGGUGUGAAACCUGAGUUCAGCUUCAACAUACCUCGUGCCAAGAGGGAGCUGGCUCAGCUGAACAGGUGCACGUCCCCACAGCAGAAGCUGGCUUGUUUGCGGAAGGUGGUGCAGCUGAUCACCCAGUCUCCCAGCCAGAGAGUUAACUUGGAGACCAUGUGUGCUGAUGAUCUGCUAUCAGUCCUGUUGUAUUUGCUUGUGAAAACAGAGAUCCCUAAUUGGAUGGCAAAUUUGAGUUAUAUCAAAAACUUCAGAUUUAGCAGCUCAGCAAAAGAUGAACUGGGAUACUGCCUGACCUCAGUUGAGGCUGCAAUUGAAUAUAUUCGGCAGGGAAGCCUCUCCGUUAAGCCACCGGAGUCCGAGGGAUUUGGUGACAGAUUGUUCCUUAAGCAGAGAAUGAGCUUGCUGUCUCAGAUGACCUCAACUCCCAUUGACUGCUUGUUUCAGCACAUCGCAUCAGGUAACCAGAAAGAAGUGGAAAGACUUCUGAGCCAGGAGGACCGAGAUAAAGAUGCCGUCCAAAAGAUGUGUCACCCUCUGUGCUUCUGUGAUGACUGUGAGAAACUCGUCUCAGGGAGGCUGAAUGACCCCUCCAUUGUCACUCCAUUCUCCAGAGACGACAGGGGUCAUACACCGCUCCAUGUGGCUGCGCUCUGCGGGCAGGCAUCCCUCAUCGACUUUCUGGUUUCUAAGGGCGCGGUGGUGAACGCUACAGACUACCAUGGCUCCACCCCGCUCCAUCUCGCGUGUCAGAAGGGCUGUCAGAGCGUGACGCUGCUGCUGCUGCACUACAAAGCCAGCUCCGAAGUGCAAGACAACAACGGCAACACCCCUCUGCACCUGGCCUGCACCUACGGCCACGAAGACUGUGUGAAGGCUCUGGUCUACUAUGACGUGCAGUCCUGCAGACUAGAUAUUGGUAACGAGAAAGGAGACACUCCCCUGCACAUUGCUGCCCGCUGGGGUUACCAAAGCAUCAUAGAGACGUUGCUACAGAACGGAGCGUCCACAGAGAUCCAGAACAGGCUGAAGGAAACACCCCUCAAGUGUGCAUUAAACUCAAAGAUUCUGUCCAUGAUGGAAGCCCACCAUCCGUCCUUCGAGAGGGGGCAGAAGUCUUCAGAGGUGCCCGCGCGGCCCCCUCAGUGCUCCGUGGAUUCCAUCAGCCAGGGCUCCUGCGCUUCCAGCUUCUCAUCCGUGUCGCUGAGCUCCAGGCAAGAGGAGCCCAGAAAGUUCUACAGGGAGGUAGAAAAACUUUUAAGAGCCAUUGCUGAUGGAGACCUAGAAAUGGUGCGUUACCUGUUGGAGUGGACAGAGGAGGACCCGGAUGAAGCGGAGGAUGCUGUCAGGGCGGUGGAUCUUGAAUUUUGUCACCCCUUGUGCCAGUGCCCCAAAUGUGCUCCAGCUCAAAAGAAGCUGGCAAAGAUUCCUACCAGUGGGCUUGGUGUGAAUGUGACCAGCCAGGAUGGCUCCUCCCCACUGCACGUUGCUGCCCUGCAUGGUCGCGCGGACCUCCUCCUCCUCCUCGUGAAGCAUGGUGCCAGUGUGGGGGCCAGAGACGCAAAGCAGGCCGUCCCACUCCACCUGGCCUGCCAGAAGGGCCACUUCCAGGUGGUGAAAUGUCUACUAGAUUCUAAUGCAAAACCCAAUAAAAAGGAUAUAAGUGGGAACACACCCCUCCUUUAUGCCUGUUCCAGAGGCCACCACGAAGUUGCGGCAUUGUUGCUGCAGCAUGGGGCCUCCAUUAAUGCUUCUAACAAUAAGGGCAACACAGCACUGCACGAGGCUGUGAUAGAAAAGCACGUCUUCGUGGUGGAGCUGCUUCUGCUUCAUGGAGCAUCAGUUCAGGUCUUGAACAAGAGGCAGUGCACAGCUAUAGACUGUGCUGAACAGAAUUCAAAAAUAAUGGAAUUGCUUCAGGUAGUACCAAGCUGUGUGGCCACAUUAGAUGAUGUUGGAGAAACAGACCACAAUGAGUACGUUACUGUCAAGAUCAGGAAAAAAUGGAACUCCAAAAUGUAUGAUCUACCAGAUGAACCUUUUACAAGACAGUUUUACUUUGUCCACUCAGUUGGUCAGUUUAAGGGAAGGACCUCGAGGGAGAUUAUGGCAAGAGAUAGAAGUGUCCCUAAUUUUGCUGAGGAUUCUUUGCAUGAGCCAGGGAGGCAAAGAGUCACUCAGAAGCAGAAUAACCUGCCAGACCAGAGCAGCUCUCAGUCGGCUGACACAGGAAACGAUGGUCAGCCAGAGAGGCCUGGACCGAGACAAAGUGCUCCCAGACAAAGGCGAAUGCUCCGUAGACACAUAGUCAAUGAUGCGGUUGUACCCAAGGGCCCAGAGACUGCUGGCAACCUGACCACUCCCCAAGAGGCUAGCAUUUCCCAAUCUUAA